AUGCCCGGUCUGGGCCACUCCCAGUCUUGUUUACAAGCGUCCAAUGAGGCCGCUUUCCGAGUGCUUCUCAAGAUGGGAUUGUUUAUGCGUCUCCAGGUUACUGUAUCCGCACCCAUUGUUGCGGAGAACAGUCGUGAACCAACCAGUACAAUGCUUGAUGGGGUGCUCGCGAUCUGA